GUUCAUGUACGACGUGCCUGUGUCGUUCAGUUUAAAUAUUUUGGAUCGCUCGACUCUUCGAGUUGUACCUUAAGAAUUGUUUAAUUUAAUUUAUUAUAUUAUAUUUACAGUAUAGUAGCUGACAGUCAUGGCGUCAACGGCGGCGGGGAAACAGCGAAUACCAAAAGUGGCAAAGGUGAAAAAUAAAGCUCCGGCGGAGGUUCAGAUCACUGCCGAACAGCUCCUCCGAGAAGCGAAAGAAAGGGAGCUUGAGCUUUUGCCACCACCGCCCAAGCAAAAGAUUACAGAUGAAGAAGAAUUAAACGAUUACAAGUUAAAGAAACGGAAGGGAUUUGAAGACAACAUCAGAAAAAACCGAACUGUCAUCAGUAACUGGAUAAAAUACGCACAAUGGGAAGAGAGCCUGAAAGAAAUCCAAAGAGCACGCUCCAUCUACGAGAGAGCCCUGGAUGUGGACCACCGGAAUAUCACACUAUGGCUAAAAUAUGCCGAAAUGGAAAUGAAGAAUCGGCAGGUGAAUCACGCUCGCAACAUCUGGGACCGAGCUAUCACCAUCCUGCCCCGUGUCAGCCAGUUCUGGUACAAGUACACAUACAUGGAGGAGAUGUUGGGGAACGUCGCAGGCUGCAGGCAGGUGUUUGAGCGCUGGAUGGAGUGGGAGCCGGAAGAGCAAGCUUGGCACUCUUACAUUAACUUCGAGCUGCGAUAUAAGGAAGUGGAGAAGGCCCGCUCAAUCUAUGAGCAAUUUGUCAUCGUCCACCCUGAAGUAAAGAACUGGGUCAAGUAUGCCCGCUUUGAGGAGAAGCACGGAUAUAUCGCGCACAGCCGGAAGGUGUUCGAGAGGGCUGUGGAGUUUUUUGGGGAGGAACAGAUAGAUGAAAACCUUUAUGUACCCUUUGCCAAAUUUGAAGAGAAGCAGAAAGAGUUUGAAAGGGUUCGGGUUAUCUACAAAUUCGCUUUGGACCGGGUCCCCAAGAACCAAGCCCAGGAGCUCUUCAAGAGCUACACUAUUUUUGAGAAGAAGUUUGGCGACCGGAGGGGAAUAGAGGACGUGAUUGUUAGCAAAAGGCGCUUCCAGUAUGAGGAGGAGGUCAAGGCAAAUCCCCACAAUUAUGAUGCCUGGUUUGAUUACCUGCGUCUGGUGGAGAGUGACGCAGACCCAGACACGGUCAGGGAAGUGUACGAGAGAGCUAUAGCAAACAUCCCUCCAAUACAAGAGAAGAGACAUUGGCGGAGGUAUAUCUACCUGUGGGUAAACUAUGCCUUGUAUGAAGAGCUGGAGGUUAAGGAUCCUGAGAGGACAAGGCAGGUUUACCAAGCGUGUCUUGAACUGAUCCCACAUAAAAAGUUCACCUUCGCCAAAAUAUGGCUGCUGUAUGGGCAGUUUGAAAUACGACAGAAAAACCUGCCGUUUGCUCGGCGAGGCCUGGGCACCAGUAUAGGAAAAUGCCCAAAGAACAAGCUGUUCAAGGGCUACAUCGAGCUGGAGCUUCAGCUGCGAGAGUUUGACCGUUGCCGCAAGCUCUAUGAAAAAUACCUGGAGUUCUCUCCGGAGAACUGCACCACGUGGAUCAAGUUUGCCGAGUUGGAGACCAUCCUGGGGGACACAGACAGGGCCCGUGCCAUCUUUGAGUUGGCCAUUGGGCAGCCACGACUGGACAUGCCUGAGGUGCUUUGGAAGUCGUACAUCGACUUUGAAAUCGAGCAGGAGGAGUAUCAGAAUACAAGGGAGCUUUACAAGAGACUGUUACAGCGCACACAGCAUGUCAAGGUCUGGAUCAGCUAUGCCCAGUUUGAGCUGUCCAUCGAGACCCCAGACCGGCUGGAGAGAUGCAGGCAGAUCUUCGAGGAGGCCAACCGGAGCCUGCGCAGCUGCGAGGAGAAGGAAGAGCGCCUCAUGCUGCUGGAAUCCUGGCGGGACUUUGAGGCCGAGUUUGGCAGCGUUGGGACACGAGAACGAGUCGCCAAGCUUCUGCCGGAGAAGGUGAAAAAGAGGAGGAAGCUAACUGCAGAGGAUGGGACUGAUGCAGGCUGGGAAGAAUAUUACGACUACAUCUUCCCAGAGGAUUCGGCCAACCAGCCAAACCUCAAGCUCCUGGCCAUGGCCAAGAUGUGGAAAAAGCAGCAGCAGCAGGAGGAGGAGGAGGAGGAGGAUGAUAAGAAAGAGGAGGAGAUGGAGGAGGAGCAGCAGCCGGGGAGGAAGACUGGUCAGGAGACUGCAGCGACAAAAAGGGACACCCAUGUCCCCCUGGCUGAGAAGGAUGCCAGUGAGCCUGCGGUUGGUGACGGGGAUGAUGAUGAUGAUGAUGAUAGCAGCAGCAGCAGCAGUAGUAGCAGCAGCAGUAGUAGUAGCGAAAGUGACAGUGAAGAGAGUGACAAAGCAGAGAAAAAGGACAACACACAGAAGAGUGAGACGGCAGAAUGGAGGAGGGAGAGGGAUGUAACACCAUCUUCAGACAAGAUGGAGAUGUCGACCACUGGAAGUAUGGACAUCGUUUUAUGUUCAAGGAAGCCAUAAAGGAAAAACAUAACAGUGUGCUUUGAUAUUUUUUUUCUGAAAGUCAAAGUGUGUUGUACAGUGAAGAAUUCAAUAAAAAAAAAAAACAUUUGGAGGUAUGUUAGCUAGCCAUCUGAGUUGUGUCAGCUGUAUCCAGUGGUGGGCACAGCUAACCAAAAAGUUAGCUUCAAUAAACAUUCAUUGGCGAACUCCA